UUUAUUAUUAAAUCAGGUACUUAAUUAAACGGUCUUAUCAAGAUUUUAUGCCGUCACAAAUCGGAAAUAACGUGUUGAAGUGUCUGGUUUUUACAUUCGCUGUGAAUGCCUGCGUAGCAUCGGAUGUUUCUACAAGCUCCGAAAUUUCUCGAAACAUGAGUGCUAAAACAAUGUAUUUUGCUUUUGGUAGUAAUCUGUUGACAAGCAGGAUGCAUGUGAUGAAUCCUACUGCCGUUAGAGCUGGAAUUGGAAAACUACAGGAUUAUCAAUUGGAUUUUGUGUCAUAUUCGAAAGUAUGGCAAGGAUUUGCAGCUACCGUUGUACCAAAAGAAGGGAGUCACGUAUGGGGAGCACUAUGGGAAAUUCCAACUGAAAAUAUACCCGAGUUAGAUAAACAAGAAGGUGUCCAAGCCAACAUAUAUUAUCCCAUAACAGUAGACGUGCAAAUGCCUGAUGGAAAAACGAUACAAGCGAGAUGUUACCGUCAAGUAGGAGAGGUACUAGAAGUUAAUUUGCAAAAUUUACCUGACCAACGAAAACCUACACCGGCAUAUUUGAAUACGAUGAUUGAAGGAGCCGUAGAAUCCGGUUUGCCAACGGACUAUAUUGAAUAUAUGAAGAAAAUACCACAUAAUGGAUCGACUGUAAAACCUAACUUAAAUUUCGUUUAUCCUAAAGUAUGA